AGCUGGAGAGACGCGUCGACGGAGGCUGCCGAAAUAGGAAAUACGAAAAAAGAUUUGCAGACAACGACGGAGAGGUUGAAUACUACAACUCAUAAAGAUGAACAAGACGCCAAUGCAGGAGAUGCGUCGCGUGUGCGUGAUUGGAGCUGGCACCGCUGGAUUAAGCGCCUUGAAGAACUCACUGCAAGCGGGUCUGGAGGCUGUCGCGUACGAGCGAGGUGCAGAAAUCGGAGGCACCUGGAUAUUCUCGGACGAGUUGCCCAAGGACGAGCACGAAGAGGUUCACAGCAGCAUGUACGAGGGCUUGCGAACAAAUCUGCCCAAGGAAGUCAUGGGCUAUCCGGACUACCCGUAUCCCACAGAGAUUGAAGACUCGUUCAUCACAUCGCAGCAGGUCCUGGAAUUCCUGCACUCCUAUGCUGAUCACUUCAACCUACGACCGCACAUCAAGCUGCAGCACGAGGUGAUUAGGGUGCGUCCAAGAUUAAACGAUUGGGAGGUCUAUGUUUGGGAUCACAAUAACAACACUUGCGAUCCGGUUUACUACGAUUUCAUUUAUGUCUGCAAUGGCCACUACACGGAACCGGACAUGCCCACAAUCGAGGGCAUGGAUCUGUUUGAGGGUCCGCAGAUCCACAGUCAUGUCUAUCGCAAGGCGGAGAAAUUUAAAGGUGAGUCCAUGUGAAGAUCAGACAGGGCAGCG